CGUCCGUGGCCGCCGCCUUUGUCACUAUUAACAUUUAACGAUUUAUUCCGAUCCCUGCUUACGCCGGUUGUUCGGCGCAUAAAUGCAUAUUAAUCAAUUAUAUAGAUCAAUUAUGCAUGCAACACAUUAUCGCGAUAUCGUCUGACAAUUGUUUACUAUUACUAUAACUACACUCGAGACACUCGCGAGUCGUGUACAUCGAGCGAGUGGAUUAGUGGAACAAUGUCAUUAAAACCCAUUACACGACCAGUUUUCGUUUGCGCAAUAAUAAGGUGCCUAAAAAGUAAUAAGUAAAAGACGCACCGCCGUCGUCGACCUCGCACAGUCAGUCGCACAGGUUUUUCGUUUCGAGUUCUGCUCUUCAUAGGUAGUUCUCAGAAACCGUAUCGGACAAUACCUAUUAUUUAUUAAUUAUUAUUUCAACGAAAUCGUCCGAAGUUGAACAACUACUAACCGUACUUACCUAUCUUUUUUUAUUUUAUUAUUUCUCCAUCGCCGGCCGUGACAAAAGAACGAUAUAAUAUUAUAAUGUAAUAUAAAAUAUUCAAUGAUCAAACCUUCGAACUCAACUUCGCACGAUAAUUUGAUUAAUUAAUAUUAGCUCCUGAUUAUGUUACGACCUUAGACCUCAUAACAAUGCUACUGAUAAACGACUAUAAGUUUGAAAUAACCAGCACUGCCGCGAUCAUGUUUAUUAUUAUCAUGUACACUUCUAGUCAUGCUUUUCGUUACUACGCCAAAUAUACCAUAUUUUCAGUAUUGUCAUAUAUAUCUGCAACUAUAUUCUUACCAUUAAUGUUAUGGAGACCAAGGGACUACAGGAAUGGAUUAUUACCUGCAUGGGGUGGACGCCAAGUAUCAAAAAUAUUAGGGAUAACAUGGGAAAUGAAGGGUAAAGAAAAUAUUGUACAAAAUUCAGGUUGUGUUGUUCUGAUCAAUCAUCAAAGCUGUUUGGAUUUAUUAGUAUUGUCUGAAAUAUAUCCGGUAAUGGAAAAAUGCACUGUGAUCUCCAAGAAAGAAAUAUUUUACUUUUGGCCUUUUGGUCUAGCGUCGUGGUUGUGGGGAACAAUAUUCAUAGACCGUUUAAAUGCAGAAAGUGCUCAGAGGACUCUUAAUAAGACUGGAGAAGCUAUUCGUCAUAAACAAGCAAAGCUUUGCAUGUUUCCUGAAGGCACAAGACACGGUGGACCAGAACUCUUGAAUUUUAAAAAAGGUGCAUUCCAUGUUGCAAUUUCAGCUCAAUGUCCUAUACAGCCAGUAGUUGUGACACAAUAUUUCUUUGUGGACCACGGAAAACGUACAUUUGAUCCCGGCCACGCAGUCAUAACAAUAUUGCCUCCUAUAUCCACUGAGGGAAUGACCAAAGAAGAUUUACCUGGUCUUAUUGAAAAGUCUAGAACUGCAAUGCAAGAAGCAUACACAAAAUCUUCGGCAGAAAUAAAAACAAAAUAUUAUAAUAUCAGCUAAAAUUGUAUUAUUGUUUUUGAUUCUUAUGAGUAUUUGACUUUCAAUAUUUUAGUGUGUUUAACAUGAUCAAGUACCAUUGUAACUACUAAGUACUAACUAUAAAUUAGCACCAAGCUUAUAGUUAUUCGGUACUAAGUGUGCUUUACAGUAUUUUUUAUUUUUGACAAAAUAUUUUUAAUUGUUAAUACAUACAAUAUCGUAACCCAUGAACAAUUUUGAAUAAUUAUGGUCUCUUCAUUAUUAAAUAGCAUUUGUCAAGCUUUGGAGUAAAAAUAGGUAUUCAAAUUUGAAACUCUAUUUUUGAUUAAUAUUAUAAAUGUUAUUUUUUUACUAAGAAAAAUUAUAUACUGAAUUAAACGAACACAUAAGUUGUUUGUAAGAUUAAAGAAACCAAAUAUAUAUUUACACCAAAAAUCACUAUUUAUAUUUUAUAAACUGUUGUCAACCAAUUUUCUCAACUAAGCACAGAUUUGUAAAUUUAUGUCUACAAUGUACAGUUUGUAUUAUAAAAAUAAAACUUAUUUAAUU